AUGCCCGACUUCCAGAACUAUUUCACCUUUUCGAGCAACGUCCAAAAUCUCCUCUUUAAAAACCUGUCUGCAAAUUCGGAUGGAGGUAUGUUUGGACUUUGUAUGGGUGUUGCAGUUUUUACUUUUCUAUAUGAAGCUGUGAAAGCUCUCCGGCAUUAUUUAGUGAUCUUGCAAAUGAGGCAGAGAAGCAGCACUAGCUACGAUUUAUCACAGAUUGUAUAUCAGUGUAUUAUAACAAACGUUAUAUUUUAUAGGUUGAAGUUUCAUGUGCUACAAACUAUGUUACAUAUGCUUCAACUUACGAUGGGGUACAUGGUAAUGUUAAUUGUAAUGAGUUUCAAUGCAUGGUUCAUAAUUGUGGUUAUCAUUACGACUGCACUUUGCUUUUAUUUCCAUGAAUUUGUUUUGUCCCGCAAGUCUAUGAUAUUGCCUGUGGAAAUACCAGGGAACAGCCUAUAAAAUGGCUGUCCAAGUUUCUGUUGCAUUUAAACGCAUUUUUUUCGUAUGGCAAAGUGUUUUUUCAUGAAUCUCUUAUUGACUUUACACUUUUUAAAGAGAAAUCAAAAUUUAUCAUACUGUCAUGUAAUCAAGUUAAAA